AUGUUGGACAUCUUGGAGCCUCGAAGUUGUGAACCCCCGUUUCCUCCCCUCCGAAGAAGAGAAGAGACGGACAACGACGCGGACUAUGAUGGUUCAUAUGAAAAAGGUCCAAAGACCCCCCUCCCUGUUGCCCCCAUCUCCAACCCCUUCCGAGUUGCAACACAAGACGUGCCGCAGAAGAGAAGGUCUCCCGAAGGAGCCCCAUGA